AUGGCGCACGGACAGGGAAGUGAACAAGUGGUUAUGGUGGAUGAUCUUAGUUUGCCUAGUUCUAAAUGGUCGUUGCUAAAGGCAGAUCCACAAAUAAAACAAACUCAGAACAAUCUUCAAAUUCUAAUUAGCGUGCUUCUCACUCUUAGUGUGAUCGGUACGAUUCUUACGAUUGUCGAUAGUUUAGCAGGGUAUGAUAGAAACAUCUCUCUACGCGUUGCAUCCAUGGUUCGACCACUUCUGGCACUUAUUUUGCACGGCUUCGGGUUUUCUGUGACAUACCGAUAUAAUGAACUAGGUUUACUAGCGUUUGCUUGGCUUAUAUUAAUUGGACUGUUCCUUUUGGGUAUGCGAUUGGAAUUUCUCUUGGUUAGCCUGAUAGUUUCAGCUUUCUCAAGUACUGGCGAAGAUGCGAGAUACAGACUCGUUUCUACUGGCGAAUCAAUAGCUUCCUUCUUCGCUGCUCUUAUAUACGUUGUCGUGUUUAUUCUUACAAUUAUCGUUCCAAUACUUGCUUUCAAAUUGGCAAAACUGAUCCGUAUGAAAAAAUCCGAAACAAUGACGCCAAGCUAG